AUGGCCGUCCUUGGCUCGGGCGGCCACACAACAGAAAUGCUCCGGAUUCUCUCUGUCUUAGAUAACGAGUUCGGCCCUAUCACAGUUGUCGUGGCCGAUACCGAUCGACAAUCUACCUUCAUGGCCAAGCAGAAAAUAAUCAAACCGUACAAACUCCAAGUCAUUCCAAGGGCGAGAGAAGUAAAGCAAACCUGGUCAAGUACAUUAUUGUCUACUGCCAAAGCAAUCUUCGCCUCAAUCCCGGUCGUCUUCGACGAUCGACCUGACUUGUUGCUUCUCAAUGGACCUGGAACAUGUAUCCCCAUUGUAAUUGCUUCAUUUUGCCUGCAACUGUUCACGAAUCAUGAUGUAAAACUAGUCUUUGUCGAGUCAUUCUGCAGGGUUGAAAAGCUCUCGAUGACUGGAAUGCUGCUUUAUCCGAUUGCCGACGUAUUCUUCGUACAGUGGCCUCAACUUCUUCUAAAAUACCCUCGCGCCAUUUACCGGGGUCGUUUCUAA